AUGGCAAGGACGUCAGCAUCGCGCAAGAUUGGUCGCGUGCUGGCGCUGCUGGCAUUGUUUUGGGUUUGUCAGCAAACCGUGCAGAAAGUGCGGGCUGCUGUUGGUGUCCGGGCCGUGCCAUUUGCAAGGCCUCCUGUGGGCGCGUGGGUGCGUAAGCCGCUCAUUGCACGCAGAGCGAAAGCUCAGGCUGAGGGCCAACGUGGUGAAGCAGACGACAAGGAAGAUGAUGAGGUGAGCAAGCUGGCCAAAGAACACGAUGUGGUUCAGAACUACGACGAAAAUGAGGUGCCUUGCGCCGUUCUUGUGUCGUUUCCUUCGGAAAUUGCAAAGCUUGAAGAGCAACAGUAUGCUGGGUCAUUCCUGCUGGAGAAGUGCGCGGCAGACUUGGAACAAAAGAUCAAAUUGUCAGACGGGCCAAAAGAGAUCUUGAUAGAGCGCAUCAAGAAGCUGAAAGCGGCCGCCGCCAUCAGAGAUGCCAAGAAGAAGCUUGACAAUGCAGGCGCUGAGGAUAAGGAUCGGAUCACGAUGGUCGGCCGCGGCCUCGGAGCUGUGGGGAAGUUAGCCAGAUGUGGCGGGGUGUUGGAGCAGGCCGGCAACGCAACCAGGAACGAUGUGAACAGCUACGGGCCAAAGCAAGUAGCUGCAUGGAUUGCAGCAAAGCUGGUUUCUGCCAAGUACGCACUUGCGAAGCUGACUGGGAUGUUGGCUGAACAGCUGCUCCAAGUCACGCAAGAUGAGCUCGAGAACGAUUACAAUCUAGAGGCUGCGAAAGCUAAGUUCCUGUUCAAGGCGGUUCAAGGCUUAAGCGACCCUUCGGCGUUAACCUUCGCAGACCCCGUGAACGACAGCAGCUAUCCAGAGUUCAAAUACCAGCAUGUUUGGGUGUACAG